ACUACUGUCUUAACGACUCGGGUAGUUCCGCUUCCGGCAGCACCAGAUAAAUUGUGAGAGGACCCUUAAAUCCUGUCGUUUGAAUUUAGGACCACCUUGGUUCAUGAUGGUCCGUAGUGGAAAAAAUGGUGACCUUCAUCUUAAACAGAUUGCAUAUUAUAAACGAACUGGUGAAUAUCAUCCAACUACACUGCCAAGUGAGAGAAGUGGCAUACGAAGAGCAGCAAAAAAAUUUGUCUUCAAAGAAAAAAAGCUGUUUUAUGUUGGAAAAGACAGAAAACAAAAUCGUUUGGUAAUUGUUUCAGAAGAGGAAAAAAAGAAAGUCCUGAGAGAAUGUCAUGAAAAUGACACUGGAGCUCAUCAUGGCAUAUCCAGAACCCUCACGCUGGUGGAAUCCAAUUACUAUUGGACUUCUGUGACCAAUGAUGUCAAACAGUGGGUGUAUGCUUGCCAGCAUUGCCAAGUGGCAAAAAAUACAGUUAUUCUAGCACCUAAACAGCAUAUUCUCAAGGUGGAAAAUCCAUGGAGUAUAGUUACUGUUGAUCUGAUGGGACCUUUUCAUACAAGCAACAAAAGUCAUGUCUAUGCUAUAAUCAUGACAGAUUUGUUCACAAAAUGGGUUAUGAUUUUGCCUCUGUGUGAUGUUUCAGCAUCAGAGAUUUCUAAAGCUAUUAUUAAUAUAUUUUUCUUAUAUGGACCUCCUCAGAAAAUAAUAAUGGACCAAAGAGAUGAAUUCAUUCAACAGAUUAAUGUUGAACUGUAUAGAUUGUUUGGCACAAAGCAAAUUGUAGUUUCUCACACCUCUGGAAUUGUUAAUCCAGCUGAAAGUACACCUAGCACAAUCAAAAUGUUUCUCUCCAAACACUGUGCUGAGUACCCAAACAACUGGGAUGAUCACCUAUCAGCUGUUUCAUUUGCCUUCAAUGUAACUCACUUGGAGCCUACUAAAAAUACACCAUAUUUUCAAAUGUUUCAUCGAAAUCCUUAUAUGGCUGAGACUUCAGAUAGUCUUCAUGAAGUGGAUGGUGAUAAUACAAAUAUGUUUACCAAAAUUCUAGAUGCAGUUAAAGAAGCUGGUAAAAUAAUGGAGAGUAAGACCACUUCAGUGGGCCAGGUGGAGAAUAAUGUGGAUGAACUAAAUAAAAGCAAGAUCAUUGUUAAAAAGAAACCAAAGCAAUUAAAUCCAUUUCAUUUAAAAGUGGGUCAUGAAGUUUUAAGACAAAGGAAAAAUUGGUGGAAGGAUGGUCGUUUCCAGUCUGAAUGGGUUGGUCCUUGUGUCAUAGACUAUAUUACAGAAAGUGGAUGUGCUGUCCUGAGAGACAACACUGGGGCUAGACUUAAAAGACCUAUCAAAAUGUCCCACCUUAAGCCGUAUGUAAGAGAAUCCAGUGAACAAGACAGUCUUUAUCUCUUGCAAGGUUCAGUAGUGGCAGACCAUGACUAUAUCGGAUUGCCUGAAAUUCCAGUUGGAGCAUACCAAGCAAAUAUUCUGGUGGAAGAUGCAACUAUUGGUAUAGUUGACAAUGAAUUACUGACAUCAAACAAAGAUCGUGAACUAUUAGAAUAUAGAAAUGCCAAGAUCUCUCCAUUGAUAGAAGAUCAUGGUACUCUUGAAAAACAGACUUUCAGUCUGUUGGACUCUUCAAACCAAGUUCUUGAAUACUUAAGUUCGUAAAUGCCAAAAUUCAUUUAAAGUGCUUGUUUAGAAUGUAUAAACCCUUAAAUCUUGAUAUAUUAUUCAUUAAAAAAGGUUGUCUAGAACAAGUA